UCAGGCAAAUGAACAUACGAUUAUCAUAAUGCAAAAAUUAUGAAUCCUCAAAACCUCUUAUAAAAUCAAUAACAUAAGGCACUAAUGUGUUUCAUUUCAUUCCUUUCAAAAUACAUCAGGUGAACGUACGUAAUUCAUACGUUACGCAUACUAGAUUUCAUAAGGUAAGAAUGGAUGUUAUUCAUGCGUCACGCAUACUGGAUUUCAUAAGGCGUGAUUUUGAAUGUUGAAUGAAUAACGAAAAGAAAAAAAACAUAUACUUGGCAAAUUUAGUGUGACUGUACUUUGCGAAAAACUCAGAAUGGCGGAAAAGAUUUUGGAAGCCAGUGUUCUUAUGAACGAUUUUUUAAGUCAAGUUCCGGCGGAAUGCCUAAGUUUUUUAAAUUCAAUCGGUUUCAACACUUUUGAAUUACUAACAGUUGCCGAAGAUGUUUUUAUCGCGACUGUGAACCAGCACGCGAAUCCGUGGGGUGCUACCCAAAUGUGGUGGUGGAUUAAAGAGUGGAAGAAAAGAAACCAACUCGACAACAUCACUGUUGUGACAGAUACAGAAGUAAACGAAGGAGUCAAUGCCGCAGCGGAAGUGGAAAACAACGUGGAACCGGAUGAAAAACCUGAAACUGUAAACCUGUAUGCAGAGGCUACCGAUGACACCAGUGAAGGCAUUCGAAGCAUGUCUGCUCCUGAUGCUCAGGAAUGUAUGCAGGAAACGAUUAAUUACACCGGUGAAGGAAGCAGCAGCGCUCCGCAUACCCAAAUAACACCCGAUGCAUCAUCAUCCAAGUCGAAAAUACCUUGCAAGGAACAAGCGAAUGCGGAAAUCGUCAGUGAGCCAAUCGCCAUCACUGUAUCGAGAAAGUUGCACUUUUUCUGUCCAGAUACGCUAAAAGCCAUUCUUUCGGAAUCACUGUUUGGAACACAGAUUCUGAAAGCAUCGGAAACAUUAUCUCUGUCGAACGCUGGUCGGAAGUUCGUUGUGGAUACUGUGGCAAAAUUUCACAUUAAUCAAGGCCGAAAAACAUCCGGAGAAAUAUUGGAUGAUUACAGCGAUGCCAUUAUUGCGCUCUUCAGAAAGGAAAGCAAGCUUGAUAUCGACUACCGUUUGUUGGGAUUUGGUGACCCAAAUAUCCCCGUCAGGAAGUGGGACCUUUGCUUCGAACCUAUCGUCAAAUUUGCAGAGUUGCAAGCAAGAGAUCCGUCGGCAAAAGACUUGAUUCAAUCGAUUACAGAUUGUAGCUCAACGUCAGAUUUCAGAUUGUUGAAUGUGCUGCUGCUAUUAAAUACAGUAUUGAUUCCGGUGAAGGCCUCAAAAGGUUUCAAACCUACAGUAGCUACAGCCCAAGCAGAUACGUUUCUUCUAGCUGGUAGUCGAGAACAAGCACAGCUUGAAAUUCGAAAAGUCUACGAGGUUUACGAGAGACAGAAGUCUCCUAUGUGUCCGAAACUCAUAGUCAUUGGCGAGGAUUUGAGCAAUACGACUGGAUUUCAAGUAGUAUACAACAAUUCAGUAACAUAUGAUUUCAAUAGCGCUGCUCGUGCUAUCGAUGCUAUGGUUAAACUACAUAUUGUACUGGGUUUACCAUUUUCUAAAAUAUCCAAGUUAGUUUGGGUAUUUAUAGAAAAAUACUUGUAUAACGUCGAAACAAAUUAUGGUGGCUACUUAUGCAUUAAUCGAUUGAUCUCAUACAUUCAGAACCACAAUGAUGUGGCAAAAUGAUGCGCACUUGAAGUUGGUAACCAUUUUGCUUAACUGGUAAUUUCAUUCUAAGUUAUCGUUAAUAACCGUUAUGUAAAUAUUUUUUUUAACUAUAUGAUUAUUCUGUUUUAGUUUGAUUUACCGCUUUCAAAUAUUUUAGUUAACGAAUAAUCGUUACAUUGUUUUAACUUUAGAAUUCUUUUAUUGCAUCUUGAAUCAUUGCUUUCAAUUAAUUUUACUAAUAAAUAAUCGUUAUGUUUUUUUUAAACUAAAAAUCUUGAAUUGAAAUAAAAAAAAGAAUGUGUGUCACUGCUAGUCUCGUCCAGUCCAGUAUGAAGAGAAUAUCAUUCGAUAAAAUUUUCAGUUCAAUCAGUUUUUUCAUUAGUUGGAGCAUUCAAUUUGAA